AUGCCUUUAAUGCCACCAAUGCAGCCAGUACCUGUAAUGCAACCAAUGCCUGCGAUGCAGACUGUUCCUAUGAUGCAACCAAUGGCACCACCAAUGCCAACAAUGAUGAUGCCACAGACCAGUAUACCUCAGAUGGCACCACUGCACCAGACUUCCCAGUAUGCACCAUCUCAAUUGCGCCAACCUGAAAGACAAAUUGACUCAUCCCAACUCACAGCACAGCAGCAGACAUUCAUCAAUCAGCAAGCACUCUUACUGGCCCAGCAGAUGACAAUUCAGGCCAUGUCAAUUAGUCAGCAACAGCAACAGGAGCGACAGCAGAAGAAACAACAAGAGCAGCAGCCUGUCUCUGAAACUCCGAAGGCCCCAACACCACCAAAAAUCAAAAGUAAACCUGUUGUGGCUGCUCCACCUCAACAGGAGAACAAGACCAGUGUGAAGACUGAACCUGUUGUUAAAAAGGAUCCCCCUAAAGAGAAAGAAGUACCUCCUAAGGACAUGGAUGUUAAGAGUGACAGUGAUGGUGUUGCUGAUGAGUUGAUUACGGAACAACUUGAAUCUUUUCAGCAGAAACGCGAUUUCUUCCAGAAGCUGGGUAAGAAUUAG